AUGGCUUCUAUCGUCCAGUCCAUCCACAUGAGCGCGAAAGCGUCGGUCGCCAAGACCGAAAGCUUGAAGCGACAACGUUCCGUGAAAUCGGUUUCGCGAACUUCGAACGUGACCUUCGCGUCCAGCGAAGAAACGGUCGACCGAAGACACGCGAUGUCUUUGUUCGCGGGCGCGGCCGCAUUGACCGCCGCGAAGCCGUCGUUUGCCGCGUACGGUGAUUCUGCAAACGUUUUUGGUGGCGUUUCCAACACGUCGGGCUUCAUCCCGUACGCCGGCAACGGGUACGCGUUUUUGCUCCCGUCCAAGUACAAUCCAUCCAAGGAGAGACCGUUCCCGGACACGGACUCGUAUUUCGAGGAUAACUUUGACCAAGUGUCCAACAUCUCGGUGAUUACCACCAAGGCGAAGGGUAACUCCAUCGAAUCGUACGGUAAGCCGGAAGCUAUGUUGGCUGACUUUGGCUACUUGUUGGGCGUCCAAUCGUACGCCGGCGAGACCAGAUCCGAAGGCGGCUUCGCCGCCAACAAGGUAUCCACCGCGGCUGUCUUGGACGUUUUCACCAGAACUGACAAGGGCAAGACGUUCUAUAUGUUUGAAAUCUUGACGAGAACUGCGGAUGGCGACGAAGGGGGACGUCACCAAUUGAUCGCCGCGACGGUUUCGGACGGCACGUUGUACAUCAUGAAGUUGCAAUCGGGCGACAAGAGAUGGUUCAAAGGUCAAGAGCGCGACUUGAAGCAAACGUGGAACUCGUUCACGGUCGCAUAA